AUGGAUCAACGCACGACCCAAACAAGAUUCAUCAUAAUUAAGAGAGACCGUUGCUAUAUUCUCUCUUUUGUCUUGGUCAUAUUAAUCUCCUUCAUCAUUGUUUUCAACCUCCCAGACUCUUCACGAUCGCCUUUUCUUUUCCGUUUCGGUAAUUUCUCCCCUGCUGUUCAGAAGCUGAUACCAAACCAAGGUUGUGAUUAUUCCUACGGUACAUGGGUUCGGGAUGAGAAUCAUCCAAUUCAGUUGUACGAUGAGAACUGCGCGUUUCUCGAUCCUGGUUUCCGGUGUCGUCGGAAUGGACGAAAAGACGUUGAGUUUCUAAAAUGGAGAUGGCAACCCCAUGGCUGUGAUUUCCCUAGAUUCAAUGCAAGCGACUUUCUAGAGAGGAGUCGAAAUGGACGGAUAGUGUUCGCCGGUGAUUCGAUCGGAAGAAACCAAUGGGAGUCGCUCAUAUGCAUGCUGGCUCAGGCAGUUUCCAAUCAGUCCACGAUCUUCGAACAAAACGGAAACCCAAUAACAAAGCACAAGGGCUUUCUUUCUAUGAAGUUCAGAGAUUUCAACCUCACCAUUGAAUAUUACAGGGCUCCGUUCCUUGCUGCCAUGAAUCACCCACCAAAGGAUUCACCACCUCAAGUUCGAGUAACCAUUUUGGUUGACGAGUUGCACAAGUAUUCCGCUCGAUGGACGGGGGCCAAUGUUCUAGUCUUCAAUACAGGACACUGGUGGAACAAGGAGAAAACUGCUAACAUGGGCUGCUAUUUUCAGGAAGGAGGGGAAGUGAACAUGACGAUGGAUGUGAUGGAAGGGUUUCGAAAAUCUCUGCAAACAUUGAAGUUGUGGAUAACCAACAACUUAAACCCCGAACGGAGCCAUGUUUUUCUUCGAAACUAUUCACCAGCUCAUUACACGAACGGCACGUGGAAUGAUGGUGGCCUGUGCGAUGCAGAAAUGGAACCAGAAAAGAACGACAAAAAGCUCAAAACAGAGCCUUGGAAUAAUCGAUACAUUGGUGAUGUGAUUAAUCAAAUGACAAACGGUAAUUGGAAGGUCCAGUUGUUGAACAUAACGUACAUGACGGAGUUCAGGAAAGAUGGUCACCCGUCAAGGCACCGGGAGUUGGGGACUCCGGCUGAGGCUCCACAAGACUGCAGCCAUUGGUGCUUGCCUGGUAUACCAGACACAUGGAAUCAACUUCUCCAUGCUCAACUAUUGUCGAUGGCCUUUAGAACCAACGAACUCCCAAACUAGGAAAAGAAGACAGAAAAUAGAAAUUGAAAGAAG